GCUAUUGUUAAAAUUAUAAUUUUACAUAAUUAAAUUCAUUUAUUCAUUCUUUGUCUCUAGUUUUAGCAUUUAUUCAAAGCACAAUUUUUGCAAGCAAAAGAAAACUUCAAAAUUGGUUUUUCACAGAGAAAUUAAGCAAUAAAAAAAGGCUACUAGACACAAAAGCAAUUCUCACACCACUUUCUCUAUUUUGCUUUUUUCCUUUGUGAUGUUCUUUUCUUUUUCUAAAUAAAUUGGAUGUUAUAUUGUUUGUGCAUGUGAUAAAAGAUGGAGCUACUUCAACAUUUUUGCCAUCCAGAACAUCCCUUGGUCUUUGAUGAAGAUGAGAGACAACAACGAUACUGUUAUGGGUGUUGGGAACUAAUAUUUGGUCCUAGUUAUAGGUGUAUACAAUGUGAUAUAUUUACAUACCCUUAUCAUAAAUCCUGUGCCGAACUACCCCUUGGAUUGUACCACCCUUUGCAUCCAAUACAUCCUCUUAUUCUCUAUAAUGAAAGGACAUAUCACUAUGACGAAUAUGGCAAAUAUGAAGAAUAUGGCAAAUAUGAAGAAUAUAGCAAAUGUGAACUUUGUAAAGAAACUCAUGAUGAAUACACUUAUCGAUGUUACUAUUGCAACUUUAACCUUCACGUCAGAUGUGCUAUUUUACAACUUAAAGCUAAAUUCCAUGACCACCCAUUGACUCCCAUUGGCAAGUCAAUCAUGUUCACUUGUGACAUUUGUGGCAAAGAAGGAAAGGGCAUCCCUAAUCUGUGUGCUCCAUGCAGUCUUUGGAUUCAUAGAAGUUGUGCUUUUUACCCACAAAGAAUCAAAGUUAUACGUCACAGGCACCAGCUCCACCUCACCCAUUCUUCCCUUGAAUUCCAUCAAACUAAGUCUCGAUUUUGUCAACUUUGUGUUCAAAAAGUGGACACACGCUAUGGGCUUUAUUAUUGCUCCAAAUGCAAUUUUGUUGCCCAUCUUGAUUGUUCUUUGGACACGAGAAACCUAGAAUACAUAAAUUUUUUGGAACAUGAAGACGGAGAUGAAGAUUCAGAGCCCGAUGAAUCAGUUGACUUAACAACUUACAAAGUCAAAAAAUUCAUUGAAAGAGAGGAUGGAACUCAAAUAGCCAUAGAAAUUGCACACGUUAGUCAUGAUCAUGACUUAAAGUUUGUUAAUGAGGCUCAAAAUAACCAAAAAUGCAAUGGGUGUGCACGAGACAUUUGCCCUCCUUUUUAUAGUUGUGUAAAGUGUAAAUUCUUCCUUCAUGAAUCUUGUGCAAAAUUACCCAAAAAAAAAAGACACCCCCUUCAUCGACACCCACUCACCCUCCUCACAAAGUCACCUAGUAGGACUAAGACAUUUGCGUGUUAUUCAUGUGGUUGGCGUUGCAAUGGUUUCAUCUAUACUUGCGAGACAUGCAUAUUUGAACUUGAUGUUCAAUGUAGUUUGACACCAGACAUCCUUACCCAUGAAGGUCAUGAGCACCAACUUAUCCUCUCCAGCACAGCUAAUUUACAAACUUGCAUUGCUUGUGGUGGUAAAGGAAACCAUGUAUUCCGAUGUACCACUUGUGAAUUUGCAUUGGACUUUAAAUGCGCAACACUACCACUUUCUACAAUGUACAAAGAACAUGAGCAUCCAUUCACUCUCUGCUAUUCUGCUGAAGAUAACUCCAGUGAAUAUUAUUGUGAUAUAUGUGAAAAUGAACGAGACCAAAAGCAUUGGUUCUAUUACUGUGAAGAAUGUAGCUAUCCUGCUCAUCCCGAAUGUAGCUAUCCUGCUCAUCCCGAAUGUAUUUUUAGAAGAUCCCCAAAUUUCAAGUAA